UUCCCUCCCCGGUACCCAGAAUAUUCUGGGGACAAAACGGAAAAACCAGUCUCCAGCAGCUCCCCGAUUCCCUCCAUCAGUUUUCGGUGUCCCCGGCUCCGAGCUCAUCCACUGCUCCUGCGACGUCGCCGGCCGCCGCUCCGGAGCCCCCCUCCUUGCCGCCGGCACGCGGCCGCUCCGUCUCUCGCAGAAUGGCGCUCAACAAGGAGUACACUUACGCGGACUUGGAGAAGGAGCCAUACUGGCCAUUCGAGAAGCUGCGGAUCUCAAUCACUGGAGCUGGUGGGUUCAUAGCCUCCCACAUUGCAAAGCGCCUCAAGGGCGAGGGGCACUACAUCAUCGCCUCUGACUGGAAGAAGAACGAACACAUGGAAGAGGAUAUGUUCUGCCAUGAGUUUCACCUUGCUGAUCUGAGGGUCAUGGACAACUGCCUCAAGGUAACCACUGGGGUUGACCAUGUUUUCAACCUUGCAGCUGAUAUGGGAGGGAUGGGCUUCAUCCAGUCCAACCAUUCUGUCAUCAUGUACAACAACACUAUGAUCAGCUUUAACAUGCUUGAGGCUAGUAGAAUCAAUGGUGUCAAGAGGUUCUUUUAUGCCUCGAGUGCUUGCAUCUACCCUGAAUUUAAGCAGUUGGAAACUGUAGUUAGCUUGAAGGAGGCAGAUGCUUGGCCUGCAGAGCCUCAAGAUGCCUAUGGCUUGGAGAAACUUGCCACUGAGGAAUUGUGCAAGCACUACACAAAGGACUUUGACAUUGAGUGCCGGAUUGGUCGCUUUCACAAUAUAUAUGGUCCAUAUGGGACAUGGAAGGGUGGAAGGGAGAAGGCACCUGCUGCUUUCUGCAGAAAGGCUCUAACCUCCACUGACCGGUUUGAGAUGUGGGGAGAUGGUCUGCAGACUAGAUCCUUCACAUUUAUUGAUGAAUGUGUGGAGGGUGUCCUCAGGCUCACAAAGUCUGAUUUCUGCGAGCCUGUAAACAUCGGAAGUGACGAAAUGGUGAGCAUGAACGAGAUGGCUGAGAUAGUCCUGGGCUUCGAGAACAAGCAGCUGCCCAUCCACCACAUCCCUGGCCCCGAGGGUGUCCGUGGCCGUAACUCUGACAACACGCUCAUCAAGGAGAAGCUUGGCUGGGCUCCAACCAUGAGGCUGAAGGAUGGGCUCAGGAUCACGUAUUCUUGGAUCAAGGAGCAGCUGGAGAAGGAAAAGUCUGAAGGCACCGACAUGUCCGCAUACGGAACAUCCAAGGUCUGCACCACGCAGGCACCGGUCCAGCUUGGCUCCCUCCGCGCCGCAGAUGGCAAGGAGUGAACACUCAGCUCUAGGCAAGGAGAUCAGUUGUUUGUCAGUUGUCACACCAUUUCUUGGUUCAGUCUGAACUUUCACAUACUGCAUGAGAUUUAUAGCCUUUUGUGCUGUUGUAAACGGGAAUAACUGCUUGGUGCAAGAGGAUGUUAUGUUAAACAUUUUAUUUAUAUACAUGUAAAAUCUGGUCAGUUCGUUCACAUGAAAACAAUGAAAUAAUAGUUUAUUACUUUGUGAGAUA